AUGGCAUCUCCUGAUUACGCCCAUCACUUCUCGAUCCGCAAUGUCCCGUUCGGGAUCGCGUCGUCCAAGUUACAUCCGAAUCUGCAGGCCGCCACUCGGUUGGGAAACUCGGUCAUAUUCUUGAAUGACUGUCAUGAAGCUGGGUUAUUUGAGGGCAUUGAUGGAUUGCCCCCAGGAGUCUUUGCCAAUGAGACUCUGAACGAGUUUGCCGCUUACUCGAAAACCAUCUGUCGCCACGUUCGCCAAGCCAUUCAGAAUGCGUACCAGAAAGGAGAUGCCUCCGAAUUCCCCUCUGGAAGUGUAGAGGACAUCACGCAGGUCCAAAUGCACAUGCCAGUCAGAGUUGGCGAUUUCGCAGUCAUAGACUUCUCCUGUUCCCUGGAACACGUCAAAAACGCGGGCCGCAUCAUCAUCAACGACGAGCGUCCGCCCCCGGCCUUCUUCAAUUUCCCCAUCGCCUACCAGGGGCGAGCCAGCUCCGUCGUCGUUUCCGGGACCGAUAUCGAACGGCCCAUGGGGCAGUACCGGGACAAAACCGCUGCCGGCGAGCCAAAACCUGUCGUGUUCGGCCCCUCGAGGGCGGUCGACUACGAGCUGGAGUUUGCAGCCAUCAUUGGAAAACCGCUGCCGAUGAGGCAGAGGCUGAACGCGGUUGACGCAGACGAGCAUAUCUUUGGGUUUGUCAUUCUGAAUGACUGGAGCGCCCGCGACAUCCAAGGCUUUGAGAUGACGCCCCUGGGCCCGUUCAACGGCAAGAACUUCGGCACCUCCAUCUCCCCGUGGGUGGUCACUCCAGAUGCGCUUGAGCCGUUCAGGACCGAGGGCCAGAAGCCUGCCACAGACAUUCCGAGAUACCUUCAGGAUCCGAAACGCCAGACCUACGCCAUUCGCAUGCAAGUGGACAUCGUAGCGGGAGAGGAGGCCACUGUGGCGGGGACCUCGUGGGUGCAGAGCCUGUACUGGUCGCCGAGGCAGAUGAUUGCGCAUGCGGUCAGCGCCGGAGCGGCCUUGAGGACAGGAGAUGUCUUGGCCACUGGCACGGUCACGGGAGAUGGGGAGGAUGCUAAGGGUUGUCUGUUGGAGGUUACCGAGGGAGGGACGAAGCCGUUCAAGUUGAGUGACGGCAGUGGGAGGACGUUUCUACAAAAUGGCGAUGUUGUGAGGAUGACCGCUGUUGCAGGGGAGGAGCAGUCAGGGGUUGGCUUUGGCGAGUGCGUUGGCAGACUUGUGCCUUCCCGGGCGUUUGAAUGA